GAUGACGAUGAGUACAAACAACUGCGAGAGCAUGACCUCGUACUUCACCAACUCGUACAUGGGGGCGGACAUGCACCAUGGCCACUACCCGGGCAACGGGGUCACCGACCUGGACGCCCAGCAGAUGCACCACUACAGCCAGAACGCGAGCCACCAGGGCAACAUGCCCUAUCCGCGCUUCCCGCCCUACGACCGCAUGCCCUACUACAACGGCCAGGGGAUGGACCAGCAGCAGCAGCAGCAGCAGCAGCACCAGGUCUACUCCCGCCCGGACAGCCCCUCCAGCCAGGUGGGCGGGGUCAUGCCCCAGGCGCAGACCAACGGCCAGCUGGUGGUGCCCCAGCAGCAACAGCAGCAGCAGCAGCAGCAACAGCCCACGCAGAACCAGCAGCAGCAGCAGGCGCAGCAAGCCCCGCAGCAGCAACUGCAGCAGCAGCUGCCGCAGGUGACGCAACAGGUGACACAUCCGCAGCAGCAGCAGCAGCAGCCCGUCGUCUACGCCAGUUGCAAGCUGCAGGCGGCCGUCGGCGGACUGGGCAUGGUGCCCGAAGGCGGUUCGCCCCCGCUGGUGGAUCAGAUGUCCGGACACCACAUGAACGCCCAGAUGACGCUGCCCCACCACAUGGGACAUCCGCAGGCGCAGUUGGGCUACACGGACGUGGGCGUUCCCGACGUGACAGAGGUCCAUCAGAACCACCACAACAUGGGCAUGUACCAGCAGCAGACGGGCGUUCCGCCGGUGGGGGCACCGCCCCAGGGAAUGAUGCACCAGGGCCAGGGUCCGCCGCAGAUGCACCAGGGCCACCCAGGCCAACACACGCCCCCUUCCCAAAACCCGAACUCGCAGUCCUCGGGGAUGCCGUCUCCACUGUAUCCCUGGAUGCGAAGUCAGUUUGGUAAGUGUCAAGAACGCAAACGCGGAAGGCAGACGUACACCCGGUACCAGACGCUGGAGCUGGAGAAGGAGUUCCACUUCAAUCGCUACUUGACCCGCCGGCGGAGGAUCGAGAUCGCCCACGCCCUGUGUCUCACGGAGCGCCAGAUAAAGAUUUGGUUCCAGAAUCGGCGCAUGAAGUGGAAGAAGGAGAACAAGACGAAGGGCGAGCCGGGAUCCGGAGGCGAGGGCGAUGAGAUAACGCCACCCAACAGUCCGCAGUAGAUCCGACGCACCAGUUAAAUGAAAUUUCUAUCUAAAUACAAUUUACGUUAGUUCCGAGAGCGCAAAUGAAUUUACUUCGAUCCCAGAGGACUAUCUACUACCUAUCCAAUCCGUUGAACUUCGCGUGAACUAAACUAAACUAAACUAAACAAAGAGCAGUGCUGAGAACGCUGCCUACAACUUAGUUAAUUGUUAUUAUUUUCUACUUAUUAUUUAAUUGUACACGAAUGGCAAGUGGAGAAAGCGAAAUAAGAUAAACGUAAAGGUAACGAUUACGAUAAAGAUAAAGAUAAAGAUACAAGAUACAAGUAAAGCGUAAAACUCAAACAAAACCAACUCAUGUGACCUCAGAUCUAAAUAAGCUAUAUUUAACUAUAAUGCAUAUAUAUACACAUAAAUAUAUGGAUAACUAUACAUGAUACCAAGUAAAGCUAAAGGCAAGGAGUUAUAUAUAAAUAAAUAUAUAUGAAGCAUAUAUACUAUAUACACGAUAACAUUAGUUCUACGCGUCAUAAGUACUGUACGAUUAACUUAUAUAUACACCCCAGCAUAAACCCUAAACCUAAAGAUAAAACUAAAUCAAUGUUUGUAGCAGUCCUAGCGCAAAAGUAUAAAAUAAAAAUCAAUAAACAUCUUCGAAAAACCAAA